UCUGUUGUGUUCUCUCUCUGUUACUACUUUUUUCUACUCUCUUGCUUUCUGUUUUCUCUCCAUUCACCACAACCAAACACUUCACUUUUCUCUGCCUGGUCUUUGCACUUGUCAAAGUUUUAUUCUUUCUGCAACUUUGAAGAAAAAUAAAUUUGUUGUUAUCUGAUUUUUUCACCACAAAUGGAAAGAGAAUUCCUUGGCUUCAGUUCCAAAAAUAGUCCAUGGACUACCAUGAAAGAAGAUGCUUCCAACAAACCAAAAGACCAAGUUAGGAGUUCAGGAAUGCAGUGGUCAUUUUCAAAUAAGGUUUCAAACCUUCCUCAAUUCAUGUCAUUCAAGAAUAACACUCAUGAAGAUAGGUCAAGAAACAAUGUUAUGGAUCCAGUAGCUUCAUCUGGAUAUAUGACUAUUUCAACUAAAGAUGCUUUUGAUUCUAAUCAGAAAUCAUUCUUGGGUGUGACACAGGAAAAUUUGGCCAUAAAGCAAGUAGGAAACAAGCAUGGAAUUACAAUUUAUCCUAUACAAAGUUCUGAUGCACAAUCAGUUUGCAAUCAAGAAGCAAGAACAAUUUCAGUUUCAAACCAAUCUAAUCAUGUUAUAACUGGAAUCAACAUGGUUAAUUCAGUUACAAACUCUCAAACUUUUGGUUCAAAAUCCUCUGCCACACCUUUAUCUGUUCUUCCAUCAAAAGGUCCCAUAGUUGGCUCUACUGACUUAAGGAGUAGGAAUUGUUCCAAAUCCAAUGGUACUACACCUGCUCAGUUGACCAUAUUUUAUGGUGGUACAGUUUGCGUGUAUGAUGACAUCUCUCCUGAGAAGGCCAAGGCAAUCAUGUUACUAGCUGGAAAUGGAACUAAAAUGCAGCAAGAAAUCUCUAUUCCUUCCAAAAAGGAUAAUUUCAUUAUAAGCCAACCCUAUCCUUCACCAUUGCCAAGCCCUAUUCCAAUGACCUCUCAUGCAAGUACUCAACCAAGGGGAGGUUCAAGUAGCAACAAUGAAGUUACAAUAAUAAGAACUUUAGGACAUUCAAUUGCCAAGUCCUCUCACAAUGACCUAUCUCAUCUCUCAUCAUUGCCAAGUCCUCUCCCAAUGACCUCUCAUGCAAGUUCUUAUCCUAAGGGAGGUUCAAGUAGCAACAAUGAAGUUACAAUAAUAAGAUCUUUAGGACCUUCAAAUGCCCCUACUAACCAUUUGGAAUCUCCUAUUGUUGCUACUUCUGUAGGAUUAACACCUACAAAUGUGAUUCAACCAGUUGGCUUGCCUCAAGCGCGAAAAGCAUCGCUAACUCGGUUUUUGGAGAAGCGAAAGGAAAGGGCAAUGAGCACAUCACCAUACUAUAUGAGCAAAAUAUCACCUGAAUGCAGCACUGGAUCAGACAAUGCUAGUUUCUCCAUUGAUUUCUCUGGUUCAAGUACUCAACCACCAACCAAUUUGCCUUUAAGAAGAACAUGUAUGGAAGUGAUUAGAUAAUAUAUAUACUUUUUCAAUUGUAAGAUCAAUUCUUUAAUUUGAUCAUUGGCAAUGAAUUUUCAUAGCCACUUUUUUGUAGUAUUUUACUUCAUUAUGAAGAUCUAGCAUGUUGUCAUAUGAUAUAUUUUUUUUGAAAAAAUUUCAUUAUGUUGUAUAAUUAUUCACUUUAUAAAUACAAUAGUGAAUAAUAUUUAGAUUCAUUAUGGUUCUUUUAUUAGGAUUGUAGGGAUCUUUUAGCCAUUAACAACAAUUUUCAAGUUGUUUUUACCAGACGAGAAGCUAAUAGUAGCGCUUAUGCUCUUGUAAAAGCGUCUAUUUUUUAUGUUUCUUCGAGAUGAUUUUCGUUAUGUUUUUGAAUGUAUUCUGAAUUUUAUUUGCAA